AUGGCAUCCCCGUCAGCUACCGAAGCUUCGGCUCAACCCUAUCUCAGCACCAUGCCCUCUGAAUCAUUCAAUUGGCAAAUCACCCUCUCCGAAAAAGUCAUUGCCAUCACCGGGGCCAACAGAGGUAUCGGACUCGGAAUCGCCGAAGUCUGUCUCUCCAACGCCGCCAAGGUAGUUUUCUCGCUCGAUAUCACCGAGCCCGGCGACGAAUUCAAGGCUCUUGCCGACAGAUUCCCUGGCAGACUCGAAUAUGUCCAGACCAACGUCACCGAUGAAGAGAGCGUGGAGAAGUCGAUUAACGCCAUUGUUGAGAAGGCGGGCAGAAUUGAUGGAUUGGUCGCUAAUGCCGGCAUGACCAAGCAUCAGCCUGCGCUUCAGUUCCAAAGACCUGAGCUGCAAAAGUUGUUUGAGUUGAAUGUUUUCGGUGCUUAUUUCUGUGCGAAUAUUGUUGCUCGCAAAUUUAUCGAGCUGGGGAUCAAGGGUUCGAUUGUUAUGACGUCUUCCAUGACUUCCUAUAGACCCAAUCGCGCCGCCCCCUCCGCCCCCUACGGUGCCACAAAAGCCGCCGUCCGCAACCUCUGCCACACCCUCGCGAUGGAAUGGAGUAAACACGGCAUUCGUGUCAACAGCAUUUCCCCAGGUUUUGUCCGCACCGCCAUGACAUAUUACGUUGAGACUGCUCCCGAUUGGGACCUAAAGAUGCAAUACUACGGCGGUAUGCCACGCUUAGCUGAUCCCCGAGAGUUGGGUGGUGCAUAUGUUUAUUUGUUGAGUGAUGCAGCGAGUUAUACGACGGGUAUUGAUAUUCCUAUUGCUGGUAUUGUUGGUGCUUGGUAA